UUUGGUCGUUUCACAGCAUUUUGAAUUAAACACUGAUAUAAACCCCAAUUUUCGCCACCAUUCUACAUUCAUUCUUAGCGAGAGUGUGAGAGAAAAGAGAAAAUGGUUCCAAAAAUGUUGAAGUUCUCUCGCAUGCUUCAUUCAUCUUCCAGGAAUCAUCUAUUGGAAGUUCUUUACGCUAGGGAUUUCUCUACUGCCACAAAUAACAACUAUUCUGCUAAAGGGUAUACUUCAGAUCGUAUCUUUGCUCCUUAUUCUGUUUACAAGGGCAAAGCUGCGUUCUCACUCAGUCCUUGUCUUCCUACUUUUACUAAGUUGGAUUCUGGGGCUCUUGUGGUUGAUCGUCACGGUUCCAUAAUGAUGAGUUUCAUGCCUGCUAUUGGCGAGCGCAAAUAUGACUGGGAGAAGAGACAAAUAUUUGCCCUAUCAGCUACUGAAGUCGGUUCUUUGAUAGCCAUUGGUCCCCAAGAUUCAUGUGAAUUCUUUCAUGACCCCUCAAUGAAAUCAAGUAAUGCUGGUCAAGUAAGGAAAAGUUUGUCAAUUAAGCCUCAUAGCAAUGGCUACUUUGUCUCUCUGUCUGUUGUUAACUCCGUGUUAAAUACCAAAGACAAUUUUAGUGUUCCUGUUACAACUGCUGAGUUUGCUGUGAUGAAGACAGCUUGCAGUUUUGCAUUGCCACACAUUAUGGGUUGGGAUCGUCUAACUAAUCAGCAGUCCAGUGGGACAGUCAGCUUUCAACCAAAGAUGAACUCACAAAUUUUAGACUUGGAGUGGGAAAAGUGAGUUACUGUUGGGAAAUAUGAAAUGGAUCCUUCUUUGUGCUGUCAAUUCCAUUUUGUGUAUUAUCAAUCCAAAGACUAGGAUUGUUUGUGGAAGAUAACCUGUAAAUUGUAAUACUUAAGAAAGAAGCAUGGGAAGGAUGAAUUAUGAAAUGUCUGACGUUGUUUCAGAAUUAGUCGUGUUAUUAUUUUGAUGUUUCCUUGUUUA